AUGCUCAGCAUCAGGGAGGGGGCUCCCCCGGGGUCCUACCAGCUGCAGGUGCGCGUGUCGGACCGCACCUGGCCCGACGCCACCUCCACGGCUCAGGUAGAGGUCAGGCAGCUGCAGCAGGACGCCCUGACGAACACCGCCUCCCUCCGCAUCAACAAUCUGACGGUGGAGGAGUUUUUCAGCAGCAGAGGAGGUGAGGAGAGUCGAUACUCCCAUCUGGGUCGGAUGUUAGCCGAACUCCUGGAGACGUUGCCGGGAAACGUCCAGAUCUUCUCUGCAGGCGACGCCGGGCAGCGCGGCGUGAAGGCGCUCAACGUGUGGUUUGCUGCUCACGGCUCGCCGUACUACAAGGCAGAGAAGCUGCACGGCUACGUGGCGGCAAACACAGCCAAGUUGGAGGCCAUGUUGGGCGUGUCGAUCCUUCAGGUGGGCGUUGACGAGUGUCCCUACACGGACUGCAGUGUGUCUGGAGGCUGCAGCAGCGAGGUUUCAUUCAGCCAGGCCCCGGUGGCUCUCAGCGCCGGAAACACCUCUCUGGUGUCGCUGGCCGCCACAUCAACGGCGCGAUGCGGCUGCCGAGGCCGUGAGGCGAUUCACCUGCCCUGCGCCGCCUACCCCACCAACCCUUGCCUCAACGGGGGCACCUGCCAGGACGGUCCACUGGGAUACGGGUGUAAGUGUCCUCCCAUGUUUGACGGGCCUGAGUGCCAGCAGACCAAACACAGCUUUGGUGGCCAGGGCUAUGCCUGGUUUCCUCCCAUCAUGCCUUGCUUCCAGAGCCACAUAUCCCUGGAGUUCCUGGCUGAGGCGGCGAGUGGGCUGCUCCUCUACAACGGGCCCCUCGGCCCCGCCCACUCUGGGGAGCAGGAGGACUUCAUCGCCGUAGAGUUGAGGAACGGUGUUCCAGCACUGAGUGUAAACCACGGAUCAGGAACACUGACCCUGCAGCUCCCGCCCAAGUCCACCGUCAGCGACCGCCGCUGGCACCGCCUCGACAUCAUCAGCGACGGAAAGGCUGUCCAGCUGAUCCUGGACCAGUGUGGGGGGGCGGCAGUGAACGAGUUGGAGGGUGUCAGCGGGGACGCUCAGGAGACGGACGAGUCCGGCUGCAGAGCUGCAGGAGAGACGCCAGGAAACCAGAGGUAUCUGAACGUCUUCCAGCCUCUUCAGUUGGGAGGAAUGAAGGAAACGUCUCCGCAUCGGCGUUACCGCAGUUUCACCGGCUGCAUCCGAAACCUGGUGGUCGACAGUCAGGUGUACGACCUGGCGUCUCCAGGUGAGAGCGUGGACAGCACCCCGGGGUGCCGGCUGACCGACGGGGUGUGUGUGACCGCGGCCGGUCCCUCCUGUGGCGCUCACGCCUCCUGCCUCGCCGACUGGGGCUCCUUCAGCUGCGAGUGCCACCCAGGAUACAAGGGACACAAGUGUGACAGCGCCGUCCCAGAGUUCUCCUUCGACUCAGGCAGCGUUGUGCGUUAUCAGCUCAGAGGAGGCGGCAGCUCUCGGCGCACAAAUGUCCAGCUGCUCCUCCGAACCAGAGCCACCUCGGGCACCCUGCUCUCCGUGACGUCCCGGGAUGCCAGCGAGUACAUCGUCCUGGAGAUCAUGGAGGGUCACCUCUCUGUUCGGGCCAACCUGGGCGACGGCGCCCACGCCCUGCGGCUGCCCGGCCAGCGGCUGGACAUCGGCCAGUGGGUCCUGGUCGGCCUCGUUCGCCAUGACAACCUCUUCACCCUGCGGCUGGAGCAAGGCGGGGGCUCGCGGGAGGUCCGGGCCCGGCUGGGGAGCCGCAGGGAGAUGGUGGUUCACCCGGCAAGCGUGAUGGUCGGCAACGGGCCGACCGCUGGAGACCAGGCCGACUUUCACGGCUGUCUGCGGGACCUUCGUUUCAACGCUCAGGUCCUGCCUCUGGACGGGCAGAGCCGGGACCUGGUGACGGUGCUGGAGAGGCGGGGCGUCACCUCGGGGUGCUCUAGCGACGCCUGCAGCAGCCAGCCGUGCCUCAGCCCGCUGCGCUGCAUCGACCUGUGGCGGAAACACCAGUGCAAGUGCCCCGGCGGUCAGGUGACAGUGACAGAUGACUCCGGGCAGCAGCGCUGCGUGCCGUCGCCUUGCCGACCGUCUUCCUGCCGCAAUGGCGGCACGUGCCAGGCGCUGUCGCCCGACACGUACCAGUGCCGCUGUCAGGACGGGUUCAGGGGUCAGCGCUGUGAGCUGGGGCAGGUCAAAGGUCACCGGCUGGCCACCCUCAGCCCCAGCUCCAUCCUGGCCAUCAGCAUGUGUCUGCUCGUCUUCUUCGCGGUGCUGGUGGCAGUGACGGUGUGGAACCAGAAAGGCAGCCGCAACAAGUUCAGGAAGCGAGGAGUUUACCACAUCCCCGCUGAACACGAGAGCUGGGAGGACAUCCGAGAAAACAUCCUCAACUACAACGAGGAGGGAGGGGGGGAAGAAAACAGGCAGGAAUCCGGCAGCAGAGGAGGUCAGGCUCAGAGCAGCAGGCAGACAACAGGUAAGAACGGAUAUGACAUCACCGAGCUGAAGCGCCCGCUGUGCUCCAGCCUGUCCCAGUCCUCGUCUUGCACCACCGCGCCGCUCAUCAAGUCCUCGCCGGGCUCGCAGGAGGAAGUCCACCCGUCGGGCUCCUCCUGCAGCUCCGGCGCUCCCUACCUCAGCAUCCCGCAUCCCCACCACCACCACCACCACCACCACUACCAGCACGCCACCGCCAACGGCUACGCCAACUACACCCCUCGCGUAGGCAGGGACGUCCCGCCGGAGACGCGGGACGGUUCGCCCUCUCACGUGGACUUCAAAAGCUACGUGGCGCGAAUCAUCUGGGAGGCGGACCACGACGGCGAGGUGCUGCCGCCGGACUCCUACCACGUCUGGUGCGUGGAAGGCUCGGGGUCGUCGGCGGGAAGCCUCAGCUCGCUGGGGUCCGCCGCGUCUCGCAGAAACAUUGUCGCCGGGGACGACGCCGACGAGGAAGAAGAGGGCGAAGGAGGGUUUGUUUGCGACAGGCUGUCGCGCUGGGGCCCAAAGUUCCAGGCUCUGAGCGAGAUGUACGACCGGCCCCAGCGGGCCCUCGCGUACACGGACGCCGUGGUGUACAUACAGCGGAGCCACAGCCACGACCCGCUGCCCCACCACCACCACCACUAG